UCACAACACAGUGGCUAUAAUGGUAACGCUAAAGACAACUUUUACGAAAAUGUGUGGUUUUUAAUGUAGGCCCACGAAAAGACAGUGCUGUCUCUGAGUUCGAGUGGAGUUAGGCCACACGAGGAGAACAUGUAUUUAUAAUCUCGAGGUAGGCAUUCUAUAUCACUAUAUUGAUUAACAUUCAGCCUUCAACGAUUGGCCCGUGACAAUGUUGUCCAGCGUCUGGUUACAUUAUUGAGAAAAUCAUGUCUUAGUGAAGUCACGCGUACUGAUUUUUGCUUCUACGUUUGGGAGUGAACUCUAGAAACUAGUUUAGUUGAUAAAGCCGAAACAAUUGGUGGCAGGGUGUUCUGAAGUUCUGGCUAGUCCUAGUAGCCAACAGCAGCUUCGCCAUGUCGGAGAGGACACCGCUCCUGCACUAUCGUCUCUCCACAAGCGUCAAUGAGCAGUCGGGGGAGCAUCAUACAUGUCUGUCUGGGGAGACUGUGGAGCAGUCCCUGGCUUUUUCCAGACUGAAGUCGGCGCACCAGAGUCGUCCCAAAAAACUCUCCACAUUCUUUGGGGUGGUGAUACCCACCUUACUGUCUAUGUUCAGCGUGGUGGUUUUCCUACGAAUUGGUUUUGUGGUGGGCCAGUGUGGGCUGUAUCAGGCCAUAGCCAUGUUCUUAGUGGCCUACUUCAUCAUCAGUAUGACCGUGCUGUCGGUGUGUGCCAUCUCAACCAAUGGAGCCCUGGACGCAGGAGGAGCCUACUACAUGAUAAGUCGUGCGUUGGGGCCAGAGUUUGGGGGCAGUCUAGGUGUUAUGUUCUUCCUGGCUAAUGUGUGUAGCAGUGCCCUCUAUAUACUGGGUCUGGUUGAGGCCAUAGUAGCAACUUUCGGGCUUCCAGAAGAUGGGGUGAGCCCAGCGGGUUCCCUCCAGGUGUUGCCAGCUGGGUAUUGGUGGUCGUUGCUCUAUGCCACCGGCAUCCUCCUCCUCUGCCUACUUGUGUGUCUGGUGGGGGCAGAGAUCUAUGCCAAGGCCUCCUUCCUCAUCUUCCUGGUGGUCAUGAUUGUGCUGGCCAGCAUCUUUAUCAGCUUCUUCGCCAUGAGCCCGCGUACCAUCCUCCUGCCUGCCGCCCACAACAACACAGGGCCACAGCCACCCAACAUGGCCAACUUUACCGGCUUUAAACUGGACACACUGCUGGGCAACCUGGAUGCUGACUAUGCUGUGGACUACACAACAGGAACCAUGAUGUCCUUUGCCACGGUGUUUGCGGUCAUGUUUAACGGUUGCACAGGCAUCAUGGCCGGAUCCAACAUGUCAGGUGACCUAAAGAACCCUAGCUACUCUAUCCCUCGAGGAACCAUCACAGCUGUCAUCUUCACAUUCAUCAUCUACAACCUCCUCAGUCUGAUGGUGGCCUGCUCCUGUGACCGUAUUCUCCUCCAGAGGGACUAUAGUUUCCUGCGGGACAUUAAUGUGUGGAACCCGUUGGUGACCGUUGGUGUGUACUCCUCCACCAUGUCUGCUGCCAUGAGUAACCUGAUAGGGGCCUCUCGCAUCCUCUUCGCCCUGGCACGGGACGACCUGUUUGGCACGGUGUUGUCUCCAGCUAAGAAGACAUCUCACAAUGGGAACCCCUGGGUGUCUGUCCUCCUCUCCUGGUUCCUAGUACAGUUUGUGUUGUUCACAGGGAAGUUGAACACCAUCGCCAGCAUUGUAACCAUCUUCUUCCUGCUGGUGUACGCAGCUGUGGACCUGGCCUGUCUGGCUCUGGAGUGGGCCUCAGCUCCUAACUUCAGGCCCACCUUCCGUUACUUCACCUGGCACACCUGUGUGCUGGGCAUCGUGGGCUGUGCUGUCAUGAUGUUCCUGAUCAACGCUAUCUACGCCUCAGCCUCCAUCGCCUUCAUGCUGCUUCUACUGCUGCUCAUCCACUACCUCAGCCCUACCAGCAGCUGGGGCUAUAUCAGCCAGGCUCUCAUCUUCCACCAGGUGCGUAAGUACCUGUUGAUGUUGGACGUGCGUAAGGACCAUGUGAAGUUCUGGAGACCCCAGCUGUUGCUGAUGGUGUCUAACCCUCGUAGCAGUGUAGGUCUCAUCACCUUCAUCAACGACAUCAAGAAGAGCGGUCUCUAUGUCCUGGGACAUGUACAGCUGGGAGACCUGGACACGUUACCGUCCAACCCUCUCCAGUGUCGUUAUGACUCAUGGUUGUCUCUGGUGGACCACCUCAACAUCAAGGCAUUUGUCAACCUCACCCUGGCUGACUCAGUACGGCACGGAGUCCAACAUCUACUCUUCAUCUCUGGCCUAGGUGGGAUGAGGCCCAACACAUUGGUCCUGGGUUUCUAUGAUGACUGCACUCCCAAAGACAAACUCACUGACCCCGCCCUCACUGCCACCGUCCCCACUCAGGACCCCGAGGACGAACGCCCGCCCUACCACUUCCCCGCCCUGCGGCCAUCCAAUGAUGGUAUGGGGGAAAACGGAAAAGUCAUGGGACCCCAAGAAUACGUGGCGGUGAUCGCAGAUGCCAUGAAGAUGAUGAAGAAUGUAGCGCUAGCCCGCUACUUCCACCAGUUCGACCGGGCCUCAACCAUCUCCUCGUCCCCAGGGAAGGGUGCUCUGUACGUGGACGUGUGGCCCGUCAACCUGCUGAGACCAGACAGCUCCAGCUAUGUAGACACCUGCUCCCUCUUCCUGCUCCAGCUUGCCUGCGUCCUCAACAUGGUCCGCGCGUGGCGCCAUGCUAGACUCCGCCUCUUUCUAUGUGUGGAGGAAGGGCGGAGCCUGCGAGGCUCUGAGGAAAAGCUGGGUCAGCUGCUGAAGGAACUGAGGAUCAAAGCCAAUGUGUACACUGUGCCCUGGGACCAGCAGGUGGCGCUACACUGGCAGAGGCAGGGUGAGGCGGGCAAGAGGAGGCCUACCCACCAGUCACAGAGAGAGGAGGAGGGGCUGGGGAAGAGGGGGUUGUUUGAGGAGAAGGAAGGAGGCGACGGUGACUAUGUGAAUAGCUUCCCUAGCAACGCCACAAGGCUGUCGGAUGAGUAUCUGUUGGCGGUUAAUAGGUUGAUCCUGGAUCAGGCCUGCCCCCCUCCGGCUGUGCGUUUCCUGUAUUUGCCCCACCCCCCGGCUGACACGCAGCUCUACACGGCCUACCUCCGCCAGCUAGACCUGCUCACCGAGGACCUGGGUCCUACCCUGCUCAUACACGGGGUUACACCUGUCCUCACCACUGACCUCUAACACCUGAACUCUCACCAACUGAUCCCUGAUUAAACCCUCAUCCCCUUACCAAAUUGCUGCAGGUAGAAGUGCUACUUAGACAAAGCUCAAGGAUCCACUUACCUUCCCCAAAGCUGUACUAAUAUGCAAAAGUAUGUGGACACUCCUUCAAAUAAGUGGAUUUGGCAAUUUCAGCCAUGCUCGUUGUUGACGUGUAUAAAAUCGAGCACACAGCCAUGCAAUCUCCAUACACAAACAGGCAGUAGAAUGGCCCGUACUGAAGAGAUCAGUGACUUUCAACGUGGCACUGUCAUAGGAUGCCACCUUUCCAACAAGUCAGUUCGUCAUAUUUCUGCAUUGCCCCAGUCAACUGUAAGUGCUGUUAUUGUGAAGUGGCAACGUCUAGGAGCAACAACGGCGCAGCCGUGAAGUGGUAGGCCACACACGCUCACAGAACAGGAGUGCUGAAGCGCGUAGCACCUAAAAAUCCUUUGUUCUCGGUUGCAACACUCACUCCGGAGUUCCAAACUGCCUCUGGAAGAAAUGUCAGCACAAUGACUGUUUAAUGAGAGCUUCAUGAAAUGGGUUUCCAUGGCCGAGCAGCCGCACACAAGCCUAAGAUCACCAUGCACAAUGCCCAGCAUCGGCUGGAGUGGUGUAAAGCUCACCGCCAUUAGACUCUGGUGCAGUGGAAACGCGUUCUCUGGAGUAAUGAAUUACGCUUCACCAUCUGGCAGUCCGACGGACUAAUCUGGGUUUUGCGGAUGCCAGGAGAACGCUACCUCCCCAAAUGCAGAGUGCUAACUAAAGUUUGGUGGAGGAGAAAUAAUGGUCUGGGGCUGUUUUUCAUGGUUCGGGCAAGGAAAUCUUAACACUACAGCAUACAAUGACAUUCUUGACGAUUCUGUGCUUCCAACUUUGUGGCAACAGGUUGGGAAAGGCUAUCCUGUUUGGGGCAAAGUCAUCCUGUUUCAGCAUGACAAUGCCCCAGUGCACAAAGUGAGGUCCAUACAGAAAUGGUUUGUUGAGAUCGGUGUGGAAGAACUUGACUGGCCUGCACAGAGGCCUGACCUCAACCUGACCUUUUGUGAUAAAUUGGAACGCCGACUGCGAGCUAGGCCUAAUCGCCCAACAUCAGUGCCCCACAUCACUAAUGCUCUUGUGGCUGAAUGGAAGCAAAUUCCCGCAGCAAUGUUCCAACAUCUAGUGAAUUGCCUUCCCAGUAGAGUGGGGGCUGUUGCUCCACUCUAAUAUUAAUGCCCAUGAUUUUGGAAUGAGUUCAACAAGCAGAUGUUCACUUACUUUUGGUAAUAUAGUGUAUUUCCUCCGUUCCCCUAUCCUCCUUAUGAGUAUGGAAGGGUUGCACUGGCCAAAAAGUAAAUAAUAAUGCUUAAAGGGGACUGAAGUCUGACACUGCCAAGUCAUUGGAGCUCAGUAAAAGGUUUUCUUUUCUGAAAUCACCAUUUUUGUCUUUAAUACAGAAUCAGAAACGUGACCUUAAGUUUACAGUUAAAAUAUGAAAAUCCAGCAAUCUGUUUAAUGGGACUAUUAUGGAACUCUAGUCUGCUCCUCUACAUGGAAUCCCAUGGAUGUUUACUGAAGGGAUAUCUAUUCUAUAUAGAUCUAUCUCAUCUCCAUGGAGCCCUUCUAUUGGACACUACACUCCUAUGCAAAGAAUGCUGGGGUAUGACCGGUAUACAGCUCAGUAACUUUUUGCUGAAACACGCACAUUUUAAAAGCACCAUCCAAAUCAUCAUGUUUCAAAGUGUGUUUAUAUUGUAACUAAAUAAAGCUAUUUUGUAACAGUU